AUGGUGGCAAAGGUCGAAGCAACAAGUGGGAGCAUGGUUCUCCGUCUGGACACGACCGAUCGCGAGCUCCAGGUGCUCACAGAGAGCGAGUUCCACGAGGACCAUUGCCUACCAGCAGAGCUUUGGGAGGAUCCGUCGCCAGAAGUGCAGCUGCUCCAGAAGAGAGGCUACAAGAAAUACCGGCAGAAGGGAACGGCCCUUCUGUACAAGGUGACGCAGGAAGACAUGGAGGACUUUGUGCCAGGUGGACGCUUUCAGAUUCCUGGCGGGCUGAUACCCUCCACCCUGCGUGCUGGCGACUACCUGGAGGCGCGACAUCCGUCUCCGUGUUGGGUUCGCAUGAAUCGAAACGCUGCGCAGGUCUACCGAACCGGCCUCCGACGGGCCAGCGUAGCUGCGGAGGAUACGGUGCCUCCUCGAGAGCCACAGUCACUGCUCGCUUCGAGCAUGCUGCCCAGUCGCCUGAUGCAGUUUCGGAGCCAAUCGUCACAGCUUGGGAGCCAAUCCACUCAGUUCAUGGAGCCAGAGGGCCACCCACGACCAGAGGUCCGAAAGCCUGUCACAAUGGAUCGCGCCUACAGUGCUCCAAACUCUUCGAGACCCGAGGGUCUUGCCGAGGAGCAAGGUCUUGGCUCCUCCAGCGAGCGCACGAGCUUCGUAAAACGGCUACGCUCGGAAAUCUCGGGUCUGCAGGAGACUCGGGUACUUGGUGCCCUGGAGGAGGGACUGAGGGCAGCUGCCAAGCAGCAGACCUCUCUGGCCCGGCGAUGGUACGAUGAUGGUGCAGCUUUUGAGGAACAAG